AUGGCUCUCAGCGAAGAGAAAAAGAGGCGGAGCAAUUACACAGAUCCACAAGGUCCCUUGUUACAUCCCAAGACUUUGAUUGUACCUGAGGGACGGUUCCACUUCUACGAUGCCGUAUUCCGGGACCUCAUCACCACGUUACGUGGCUUUUCUGCUGUUGUUGCGGUUUAUUGGCACUGCUGCGGUCUUCGCAUUCGGGUCGGUGUAAGCGAACAUGUCAACAGUACAGGCGUUUAA